UUUGGGCCACGGUAUCUUGCGUGACAUGGACUGAUAUUAUUUGUCAUUGACUUCAAUUGUCAAAAUUGUCAACAGCACACCAAAUACGAAGAAGAGUUCUGACAGAAUGUCGGACUCGAAACCACAUCAGUCUCAGUACCGAGGCUGGCUCUACAAGUGGACAAAUUACCUGAAAGGUUACCAGAAGAGAUGGUUCGUUUUGCAGAAUGGACUUUUGUCAUAUUACAGGAACCAGGCGGAGAUGGCACACACUUGCCGCGGCACCAUCAACCUGGCAAAUGCUUUCAUACACACGGAGGACUCAUGCACCUUCGUCAUCUCCAACGGCGGAGCUCAAAGCUUCUACUUGAAGGCGACGUCGGAGGUGGAGAGACAGAAGUGGGUGACGGCGCUGGAGUUGGCAAAGGCUGAAGCCAUCAGGAUGCUGGAAGCAGAGAGUGACGAAGAGGAAGCUCAUCAGCCCGAUAAGUUUGAGCUGCAGAACACGCUGCGGACGCUGAACGCCAAGCUAGAAGACCUCAACACGUGCAAUGACCUCAUUGCCAAACAUGGAGCAGCCCUUCAGAAGACCCUUUCAGAGCUGGAGCAGAUGGACAGCAUGACCGAUGUGGCAAGCAAGCUGAAGGCCGUGAAUGAAAGAGCAACUCUCUUCCGGAUAACAUCGAAUGCCAUGAUUAAUGCUUGUUCGGAGUACUACGAGUUUGCCCAGGUUCACGGCAAGCGGUGGCAACGUGUGCUGCAGUUUGAGCACGACCAGCGCCUCAAGCUAGAGGAGAUGGUGGAGCAGCUGGCCAAGGACCAGGUGUCCCUGGAGAACAAGGCACGCAAAUCACUGCAGAAUGUCAAGAAAGAAAACCCAGGCUCUAACCCAUCUGACGAUGAGGACUUCUUUGACGCUCUGGAUCACCAGGUGGAAGAAUUCGAAGUGGCGCUGCCGCAUAAUGCUAAAAAAUCACACAGACGCACAGACAGCGACUUCAGCAUGGAGAGCUACAACAACGAGAUGUCCAGUGAGUCCGAGUCAGAGACUGGGGCCCCGGGGGCCAUUGUCAUCACCACCAAGACAGACUCGCCCCAAAAGAUGGACGCAGUAUCCGUUGUGAAGGGAGAACACAGGCGACCUCCAAGUCACGACAAAUCCCGAACACCAACAUCAUCCGUAUCUUAUGAUUCCCAGAAUCCUUCAUCUGCUUCCGACUCCUCCACCGAAGUGGUGCCAAAACGUGUUCGGCGACGCAGGAUCCAAGACAAGCCCAACUUUAGUCUGAACCUCUGGAGCAUAAUGAAGAACUGUAUUGGUCGAGAACUGUCCAAGAUCCCUAUGCCUGUCAACUUCAACGAACCCCUCUCCAUGUUACAAAGAUUAACCGAGGAGUUUGAGUACACGCAUUGCCUGGAUAUGGCAGCGCAGUGCGAGGACUCCGCCGAACAGCUGGCCUGGGUGGCCGCGUUCAUGAUAUCGGCGUACGUAAUUGCGUACGCCACUACACUCAGUCGGACAGGAAAGCCCUUCAAUCCCCUCUUGGGGGAGACCUACGAGAGUGAUAGGAUGGAUGACCUGGGAUGGAGGUCUAUUGCAGAGCAGGUAUCCCACCAUCCGCCCACAUUGGCCGUGUAUGGAGAGGGGAAGGAGUGGAAUUUGUGGCAAGAGUUCACCAUGACAAGCAAGUUCCGUGGCAAAUACCUACAGAUUAUACCCAUGGGCAUUGCCCACCUGGUGUUUCCCAAGAGCGGCAACCACUACACGUGGCGCAAGGUGACAACAACGGUGCACAACAUCAUCGUAGGGAAGCUGUGGGUGGACAGUCAUGGGGAGAUGGACAUCACGAACCAUCGGAAUGGGGACAAGUGCCAUCUCAAGUAUUCUGCAUACAGCUACUUUUCCAGGGAAAUUCCCCGCAAGGUGUCGGGCGUGGUGACUGAUGCAUCCGGCAAACCCAAGUGGGUGAUGACAGGGACAUGGGAUUCCCAGAUGGAGGGAGCCAAGGUGGUGAAAGUCGAGGAGUCCAACAAGGGCAAGCCGGUGUUUGAAACAGGCCCACAUAAAGUCAUGUGGAAGGUUAACAAGCCAAUGGUGUCAUGUGAGAGAAUCUACCACUUCACGCAGCUUGCUGUGGAGCUAAAUGAACCAGAGGAAGGAGUUGCUCCAACAGACUCGCGGAACCGUCCAGACCAACGGCACAUGGAAAAUGGCAAGUGGGAUGAGGCUAACCGAGUGAAAAUCCAGUUGGAAGAAAAACAGAGAGCUGCCAGGAAAAAGAGGGACAGUGAAGCAGAGAAGGCCAAGACUGAUGGUGAUGAAUAUAAGAUGUAUGAGCCCAAGUGGUUUCGGAAGGAGGUGGACAGCACCACAGGGAGCCUGAUCCACACAUACACAGGGGAGUACUGGCUGUGCAAGAAAGAACAGAACUGGGACAGGUGCCCCGAUAUAUUCUUGUGAUAAUCACCCACUCAGGGGACAUAACUCUGACUUGGGAGAUAGUGAUUGUUCUUCCAUUAAAGAGGAUACCAGCCAUUAAAUCAUAUAGCUGAGUGCCACUUAACGGGUGAUGUAGACGUCGACACAGUCUGCAGCCACUCCACAGACGACGACGACAAUGCCAUGAUCACAGUCUGCUCCAACCGGAUGCUCUGUGAUAGGCUAUCCCCUGUGAUAUCACUGCCUUUAUAAGAAGCCGUUGUGGUGUCAUGCGGAGGUUGAUACCUUGUGAAGUGUCGAGCUCCAGUGCUCUUCAUACAAGUUCCAUUGGUUUUUGGGAGACUACAGAAUGAUACGAGAAUUAUAUUCUGACAAUGUUUUUACAGGUGUUUUGAUUAUCCUGUAUUGCUUGGUUAUGCUGUAAUUGGUAUGAACUUUACUACAUGUUAAAAUAGUGACUUGAUAAAAUUCAGAAACGGUGAAAAACAAAUAAAGAAACUUGACAGCGAACAUGAAGGAGACUGGAGAAAAUUGCAGCCCCUUCCGUAAUAGCUAUCCCCCGAUUACAACUUUGUGUAAAUAUGACCCUACACUGACAAUGAGUUCAAGAACUUAGUGUAGCCUAGUGGUUCAAGCAUUCAUUUAUCAUGCCAAAGACCUGGGUUUGGUUCUCCACAUGGUAACGCUGUCAAGCCCAUGCUUUAUAUGCACUGCCAUGAUAUAGCUGGAAUAUUGCUAAGAGCUUUAUCAGACCAUAUAUUAUUCACAAGCAGUAUAUUAAAGGUAUGAAGUUACACAGAAUAAUAAUCAGAUCCAUGUCAAACAUAUGACAGUAUAUGUGAGAGAAAAGGCUACGAAGUUUGCCCAGGGGAGGAUAUGUCAGUAUACAGAGCUUGUGAUGCAUCUUGUCCAUAGAAAGCCGAACUGGGCACGAGGACCGUCUGAAAAAGAAGCUACAGUGGACGAACGGAUUUCAAUUUCUUAAUUAGUUCAAUGUAGUGUUUUGUAGGUACGCUGUCCAUACUGCUUGAGAAAGGUAUCAACUUGUAAGCUAAGUAAUUCUACCGCUUCUAAAAUUUUUAAGAGCUUUCUUAAUGGACAUUUUUACAAAUCAAUAAAACCUGGGAUUUUCAGGGAUAUUGAAUUGGGGUGGGUACUCUUCAGACAUUUUUAUGAGAGUGAUGGUUAUGAGAAUAACGUGCAUUACCAUUUGUACACUAAUGGUUGUGUCAGUACAGUAGCAACAUGAUACAAUGUACAAAAGUUGUACAGUACAAGUUCCGCAUAGGUAUAUGGACUUUAGCUUUAAGCAGGUUAAUAUGUCAUUUUGUGUAACAUGCACUUGACAUGAGAAUGAUUUGUGUGCAUGACGGAAAGAUGAAAAUACCCGCAUAAACUGGAGUAGCAUAAGUAAAGGUAUAGGAAGUACGACAGCAUUACAAUGUGUAAUGUACGGUAUGAGUACAUAUGAGUAUGUAUAUGGAUGUUUUGUGGGGGAAGCAUUAAUUAUCUAUGGCUUCAGUAGUCAACAACAGGAAUGAAUCAUUCAAUACCAAUGUGAAAUCAUUGGACAAACUGUCAGAUAUCAGAUGUAAAAUGUUUGAAAUUAUGACUGUACAAACAGUAAUAUAUUGAAUAGAAAUCCUUAUUCUUAGCCCUAGAAUCCUGUUUUAAUGUAUGAGUGAAGUCUACGCAGUGACAUGACUUGUUUUUACGAUUUGCAGAAAACUUAGUGUAGAACUUCCGAUCUAAAGGUCACUGGAGUACCUGUUCAUCCCCUCCAGAUGAAGCGGUACUUGUUGAUCCGACAUUGUGCGUUAAUGUACAGAGCUUGUAGAUACAAGGGUAACCUGGCCUAAAGGGCUGGAAGUGUGGAUGUAUGAAACUUUGGUAGCACUGCACACGGUCUCAGUGUAUUUGUUAUGUAAAUAGAAUUCAGCGUUGUAGCUGUCGUAGUGUACAGAUGUCCGCCCAGCUCGGCCUCUUCCCAUUUGGACUGGACCCUGCCUGUUCCGUUGGACCCUGCCUGUUCCCUUGCUUUUCUAACUGGACCCACUUCUUGUGUAUUGGCCCUACCAUUUCCAAUUGGUUUGUGUACUUUCCACAAGUCUGCCUAUACCUCAGUAGCACAGCUUCACUAUCAAUGUCCCCCACCUACCUUCUGUAUAAGCUCCUUGUCACUACAAAUAUUGCUUCAGCCCCCAGAGAAAGCUUUCGCAAUCAUCCCAGCCUUUAAUAGAUAUUCUGCCAUGGUCCAACCCCUCGACAAUUCUUCCAACAUAUUUUAUGCUCUGGUCCCACCCUUCAACAAUUCUUCGCAAGUUUCUGGUGUCCCCCGCGAUGAUAUUGCUGAAAUAUUGCUAAAAGCGGCCUAAACCUAAACUCGCUCACUCAACAAUUCUUCUGCCAUGGCCUCACAUUAACAAACCUUCUGCUCUCUUCCCAUAGCACAUACCUUCUAUGCUGUCGACUACCUUCUCACCCUCCUCCCCUGCCUGCCUGCCCCCCUAUAGUAGUUGUUUUAUUGUGUUAGAUGUGCUUCUUGAAGACAGCUUCUGUGAUAAUAUUCUCACUAGUCCUUGCCCUGUUGUAGUCUGACAACUUGUGCUGGAGUUGAACAUUCAAAUCAUUCACACAGCCUGUAUGAUUAUCAGAUCAUCAUAACAAAUAUAAUCGUAGCUGUUAAAAAAAUAUAUAUAUCCUGAAGCAAAGAUUUCCCUUUAACUGGACAAGAAAAAAGAGGUUUGAUAUGAUGGCAUAACAUAGAAUGCUUGUCUGGCGUUUCUCUCUUUCUAUGAAGUGCUUCUCAAAUACAGUUCACAGUUGUUAAUUAAUUUGAAUUAGAGACUUGAUUGCUAGUUUUGUAGGAGCAGCGGAUACAGACAGGCAGUUUUUCUAGAACAGGUGAACAGGAAGAAAAUAUUCCAGAACUAUGUAAAUAUAUCAGUGUUACUCUACUAUACAGCAGUGUUCUGGAGACUUCCACAAUGUCCAGAAAGGAUAUUUGUCCUGCUUCCUGUCUGCAUGCAUUACUUCCCCUCCAGAAUCACUGCUAUAGUAAGAGGCCAUGAGAUGUAGUCUACACACAAGCAACACUCAUUGUUAGAUGGUGUAUCUUUAGUUGACAUAAUAUAUAAUGUAUUUAUGAGGAUAGUCUUCUAAAUGUCUCCUGCUAAGGGAGGUAACUUGCUUUUCUCCUGGAAAGGGAGGUUACUUCUUUUCUAUGUCAGCAUAUGAUACUGCUCUUAGCCCUGUGGGCACUAAUCUGCUUUAAACUUAUGUCCAUGCUUUCACACACUGUGUGGCAACUUAUUCACACAGAUUCUGUGAUUGGUCAUUUUCUUGUGUGUCAGUUCAUUCACACAGGUUUGUGUCAUAAGUUUGGAGCUUAUUCUCAGAAUCUGUGACAGUCAAGUUGUGUCUUGGAAUCUGUUACUUUAGAUGAAUACAGGUUGUUUGUCUGUAUGUUGAUUGGGUGAGGAACUUGUGAAAAAUGUACUUCCAGGAUACAUUUGAUAAUAUGAUGAUUGUAUAUGUGAUUAUUACAUGAUUAUUACAUGGGACUGGGCAUUUAUUAUAGGAACACCCGCCUGUGAAAUAGGGUGGGUUAUGGAGAAAUAGGUUAUGGAGAAUGACAUAAAAGAUGGGGAGGAGGAAUAACAUUUUACAUUUUUCAAUAUUUUUUUAAUUAACUUGAACAUUAUUUAGUGUCUGGUCAUUUUUUGUAGGGAUAUUAUACAUAUUUUUAGGAAGAUUGGCAAAAUAGGAUAUUGCCCUAAGGCCAGGUCUCGCUGCUCCACCCCUCUUCAACAAAAUGCCCAGUCCUUCAUGUGAUUCCUGCCAUUGUAAAGGAAUUAAGUUUUGGACCCUUACUAGGCCUCCGUUGUAUCCUGACACUGUGUUGACAACAGGUUUUGGGUAGUUGAUGCGGUGUCAAAUUGACAGCCACAAUUCAGCGUUAUUCAAAUCAUGUGGGAUUCAGUGACAAGCCCUGAUAUUAUUCCCUGAUUAAGCCCUGAUAUGUAAUGAAUAUUGGUAAUGUGUUUUAUAUUAACCAUGUUUGCCAAAUAUGAUAACAUUCACGUUUGCUAAAGGAAUACUUUUUGCAUUUCUGUAAAGGGAGAUAACUCCAGUCAUAAAGAUAUCAUUGUGUAACGUUAUGCAAGUUCAUGUGUGAUAUCACACAUAUCAUACUGGUUUGCUGCCUUUUUUAGCAUCAGAUAUUAGCAUCAAAUAUUACAAUCUGUAUGAAUUGUAAUACAAGGAGAUUUGCAAUGUGAUUUUCUUUUUCAUAGGCUCCGGACUGAGGGGCGUGAAUUUACCCUUGAUUAUACAAGUAUUUUAUAUGAUUUGGCAUUAUGGAAUGAACUUCCUAGAUACUGA